AUAUCUGAUGAAGGAGUUAAUGGAGUUAAUGAAUUUAAAAGUUGUUGUGUCUGUGUAAACAAUGUCACAAGAAAUCUUUAUGUAUUACCUAGAUCAAGAAAAUAUGAUGAAGAAGGGAAUGAUACUGAUACUGAAGUUACUAUGAAGGAUGUCCAUAAAGAAAUUGAAUCUAUAUGUUUAAAACAUAAGAUAAUGUCUUUUACUUCAAAAAUUGUAUCUAGAAAAUAUGCUUUUGAACUUCCAGGAAUUCCUUCAGAUUCAGAUUACCUCAAAGUAAAAUAUUCAUUUGGUGAUCCAACACUUCCAAAUAAUCUAUCUGGGGCCACUUUUAGUCAUGUUUUUGGUACAAAUACUUCAGCAUUGGAGUUGUUUCUUAUAAAACGUAAAAUAAAAGGACCAUGUUGGUUGGAAAUUAGAAAUGCAAUAGUGCAGAGAAAAGAUUUUUCUUGGUGUAAAGUUGAGCUUGAUGUUUAUAAUCCAAAAGACAUAAAUCCAUUUAAUGAUACAAAAGCAACAUCUAUUCCACCAUUAACAGUAAUGUCAUUGAUCUUACGUACUGUUAUGAAUUAUGAAACAAAUGUCAAUGAAAUAGUUGCUUUUAGUUGUGGUGUCAUACCUGAAGCAAAGCCUGCAACAUUUCAAUAUACAGCAAUCAGGAAAUUAGAUGAUAAAAAAUGUUGGCCAACUGGAUUUGAAGAUUUAAUCAAUAAAAAUAAUGUAAAGUUGAGGCUUGAAAAAAACGAAUAUAGUUUGCUAAACUAUUUAUUAGCAUUAAUUAAAUUACAUGAUCCUGAUAUUUUUGUCGGACAUAAUUUUAUGGGAUUUGGUCUUGAUAUAUUAUUACAUCGUAUAAAUACACUAGAAAUUAAAGAUUGGUCAUGUUUUGGGAGAUUAUGUAGAACCAUUUGGCCAAAAAUGGAAUCUGGUACUGGUGGUAUUGUUAGCGGAAGAUUAUUGUGCGAUAUCUUUACAAAUGCAAAGGAUCUUGUUAAAUCAAAAGAUUAUUCAUUAACAGAACUUGCCAAAGCUCAUUUAAAUUAUAAUCGUAAAGACAUUCAACUUGAUAAAAUUGAAUCAUGUUUUGAAUCAUGUGAAGAUUUAUAUGAAUUUGUUUUGCAUUGUCAAUUUGAUUCAGUUCUUUCUGCUCAUUUAAUGUAUGAACUUCAAAUUUUACCUUUUACAAAACAUCUUACUUUUAUUGCUGGUAAUCUGUG